AUGGCUCUCUCCGAUUCUAGAAUCCUUCUUCCCACUCUCCAAAUCUUGGUGCUCCUCUUGCACUUCUCGUCCAUCCUAAUCCCCCUUGCAAGCUCACUCUCCUUCAACUUAUCUGGUAAUUCUCUUAACAAGCCAAACCUAUGUUACCAGGCCGAUGCCUUCUUCGAUGGCGAAGAAAUCCAGCUCACCAAGAACCAAGGUGACUCUUCCACUUCCUCCCUUCAAUGGAGUGUAGGCAGAGUAACAUAUCCUGAGCCAGUGGCCUUCUAUGAUGACGCCUCAGUCAUCGACUUCUCUACGUGUUUCUUAUUCAGGAUGGGCAACUUCAGCAGCACUGGUGCAAGUGCCGAUGGGCUCGCCUUCUUCCUCUCGCCGUAUCCUUCUGAGAUCCCGAAGAAUUCAUCCGGUGGGACUCUUGGUCUGUUUAGUACUUUCGGUGCCAACAAAACCAGAAAUAGUACGCUUGUGGCUAUCGAGUUUGAUAGCCAUAAAAACGUUGAGUUCAAUGAUUCAAGCAACAAUCAUGUGGGAAUUGACGUCCACACCAUCUUCUCCGUUGCGCAUGUGGACUUGCAAGCCAGCUUCAGACAGCAGUUCUUUAAUGCAUGCGUUUGCUACAAUGCUAGUACUAAAAAUUUGAGUGUCUCUCUUCGUAAUACCUCGGAUGCUACCAGGUAUUGGAGCGUCUCUCAUGUUGUUGACCUGAGGGAAGUCCUUCCUGAUAAAGGCGUCAUUGGCUUCUCAGCUGCAACAGGUAUAGACACCGAGUCCCAUCGCAUUACAUCGUGGAGUUUCUCUUCCACGGAUUUGGGUCAAACCAACUUGAGUCAUUCGAGUUUUAAUAAAUCCUUGGCGUCUGCCAUUGGCGCUGGGUUCGUAGCAUGUGGGUUUGGUUUUGUAUAUGCUUUCAGAUAUCGUCGAUGUAAAAAGGGCAGCACGGCGACGGAACAAGUGGAGAUGGCUAUCGAUUCAUUAAUCGAUGAUGCAUUUCAGAGAAGUGGCGGGCCAAGGAGAUUUCCUUACAGUGUGCUUGUGAGUGCAACCAAAAAUUUUACGGAGGAGGGGAAGCUUGGGGAGGGAGGAUUCGGGGGGGUCUACAAGGGAGUAUUGCAUGGCUCGAAUCUUGAAGUGGCCGUCAAAAGGAUAUCUAGAGGCUCCAAGCAAGGGGCCAAAGAAUACAUAUCAGAAGUCACCAUCAUAAGUCGGCUAAGGCAUCGCAAUCUUGUGCAGCUGGUUGGCUAUUGUCAUGAAAAGAAUGACCUGCUGCUUGUCUACGAGUACAUGCCCAACAAAAGUCUGGAUUACCAUCUAUACCAUAAGGAGAAUUUGCUUGCAUGGCCAGAGAGGUAUAAGAUUGCUUUGGGAUUGGCCUCGGCAUUGCUCUAUCUUCAUGAGGAAUGGGAGCAGUGCGUAGUCCACAGAGAUGUGAAGCCAAGCAACGUGAUGCUGGAUGCAGAAUUCAACGCUAAACUCGGCGAUUUUGGAUUGGCAAAACUUGUGGAUCAUGACAGCGAGUCUGCAACGACAGUGUUGGCAGGCACCCGGGGAUACAUGGCACCUGAAUAUGCCUUGACAGGUAAAGCUUGUAAAGAGUCCGAUGUCUAUAGCUUUGGAGUAGUAAUAUUAGAAAUUGUUUGCGGUAGAAAGCCGAUUGCAAUAAAGCAUGGUGAAAUGGAUUUAGUAAAUUGGGUUCGGAAGCUUUAUGGAAAAGGAAUACACCUAAAUGCUACAGAUGAAAAUUUAAAGAUGCAGUUUGAUGAGCUACAAAUGGAGUGCUUGCUGAUUGUUGGGCUAUGGUGCACUCACCUAGAUUAUGAGCUAAGGCCAUCAAUAAGACAAGCCAUUAAUGUUCUAAAAUUUGAUGCUCCACUACCGACUCUGUCACCUAACAUGUCUCUUCCGGAUUUUUUACGUUCUCCUUUGGUUGAUAUCUCUGAUCUUUAUAGUAGCCAUCCUAGUAUUCCAAACUCAAUCAAGUUAGAAGGCUAAAGGGUGGUAAUUUUGUGGCAAGAGAUCCUGAUGUUAACGUCAUAUUAUAUAUUAGAUUUGCAAGUUAUA